AUGUCAUCCUCCGUGAAGCACCAGUACAUGCCCAGUGAUAAAGAAGAAGGCGAGGUCAAGUCGAGCAUGGAGAUGCCCGCCCCACGUCGCGCUGUGGGAGCUGUAGCACCGGGCAGCUCCUCGAACGAGUCCGUGGGUUCAGCUUCAUCAGGUGGUUCACCAAUCUCUCCGAACCUUGCUGGCCUCUCGGUCGAUGACCUGGCACAAGGUAACUUAAUCCACAGGAACCCCAUGGUCGAGUGCAAGACGCCUGCCUCCCAUUUUCAGCAUGCUCUGAACACCUCGGCCUCAGCGUCGAUGGGCGACUGGCUGGCGAUGGGUCUUGCGCCUAGUAGGGAUGCGCUUUCAAGACAUGCUCUGGAUUUUCCUGCCGCAGAGCGUGCGCUUCACGAUGGGGCCACGGACAAGCACAACUCCACGCCAGCUGCCUUGCCCCUCACGUUCGUGGAGAACGUUUCGGCCAAAGAUGCUGACAUGUGCGCGUGGAGCGUGCGCGUCGAUGGCGCCGUCCAGUAUGUCAAGGAGAGAGGUCCGGGCCAGCUCAAGAUGAAGGCAGGCCUCGACUUCUUCAUCAGUGUUCGAACGCAGAUGAUCCUCCGCUCGCUCACCACCGGCAAGGCACCCAGCCUGGAGUUGGACUGGUGGACCGCGAGCACCGACAGCAACCAGCACGCCCAACAUUUUCACAAGCUCUCCCUGCGCGCGGCGGAGACGAAGAACGAGGUCGUGCGCCUUCUUGAAUGCGGCCAGACGCCACAUUCGAUGGAUGUGAUGCAAAGGAUGAUGCGCCAGUGCCAGGAGCUCGAUGAAAAGAUUGCCGGGAUGCUGCGCGAGCUGCCGACAUGUUUUCGGUGGAGGACGGUCGGUUGGGAGGAAUUCGACGGCCAUCGCGGAUAUGCCAACGCCGAGGUGUUCCCGGGGCGCGUUGACAAGUACGCCGACAUGAUUGUGGCCAACACGUGGAACGUGAUGCGGUGCACGCGCCUCAUGUUGGCCUCGCUCAUGGUGCGAGCGACGGCCUGGCUCGUCUGGCCAGCCGACUACCAUAUGAGUGCCAGCUACGAGUCGAGCGCAAAGUUGAGCACCGAGCUGCUGGCUGACAUCGUGGCCUCGGUACCCUAUCAUCUGGGUUGGCCGGCCAAGAAUGAGAGCGUCUGCGGCGAGGCGCAGCUGUCGAGCUUCGCGCGCGGUGAGGGCGCGGCGGAGAAGGGUCUCGCAUGCUACCUGCUGCUGUGGCCGUUGGCAUUUAUCCAGGGCCAAGACUUUUUGACGAGCGCGCAACGGGCCUGGAUCAAGGGUCGACUCCGGCACAUCGGGUACAAGAUGGGGGUUCGGUACGCCAUCAUGCUCUCACAGCUGGACGUGCGAGCGCCUUCGAUGCUCGUCCAACGGGACCGGCUGAUGAGUUGCCGGUCUAAUGGCUUCGACGAUGUCGGCCAGUUCGUGCGAAGCCAAGAGAUGGCAUCACAAAUUCCUUUUGACACGUGCAUCGACGGCGGUGAUUGGCAAGAGGUUACUCGCGGAAUGAGAAGAAAUCGCCAGCUGGAGGAGCUGAGGCGGCGCGUCGUGGAGGUGCCUGGAGCCGUCGACGAAGCGACCGUCAAUCUCUGGCUCGAGCUCUGA